CAAACAUGUACAUGCAGAGGCAGAGCAAGAAAUGGAAUUUAUGAGGGAGCAGAGCUGCAGUUGCGUCUUCUUUGUCUCUGAAAGAAGAUUCAGCCGAGUCCAUCAGGUUUCUCUCAGCAACAGUGAGUGCAGACAUGGCUGCUGCCAGUAAUCUGCAAUCUGAAGAUCAGUUUCUGUGCUCCAUCUGUCUGGAUGUGUUCACUGAUCCAGUCAGCACACCAUGUGGACACAACUUCUGCAAAAACUGCAUCACUCAGCACUGGAACACUAAUGGCAGACAUAAAUGUCCUAUGUGUAACAGAGUGUUCAAGAGACGACCUGAACUAGACAUCAACACUUUGUUCUCUGAGAUGGUUGCUCAGUUCAGACAUGAAGCUCAGCAGAAAGCCAGCAGCAGCAGCUCAGAGCAACAAGCUGCCAAACCAGGAGAAGUUCUCUGUGACGUCUGCACUGGAACCAGACUGAAGGCCCUGAAGUCCUGCCUGGUGUGUCAGACUUCCUACUGUCAGACUCACCUGGAGCCUCAUCUGACAAAGAAAGCUCUGAGAGGACAUCAGUUGAUUGAUGCUGUGGAGAACCUGGAAGACAAGAUGUGUAAGAAGCAUGAAAAACCUCUGGAGCUGUUCUGUAAGACCGACCAGACAUGUGUCUGCAUGCUCUGCUCUGUUUUAGAGCACAAGAACCACGAGUUUGUUCCUCUGAGAGAAGAAUAUGAAGGAAAGAAGGCAGAGCUGGGGAAGACAGAAGCUGUGAUUCAGCAGAUGAUCCAGAAGAGACGACUGAAGAUUCAAGAGAUCAAAGAGUCAGUGAAGACGAGUAAAGGUGCUGCAGACAGACAGAAAGCAGAAGGUGUUCAGGUCCUCACUGCUCUGAAGGAGUCUGUUGAGAGACGCCUGAAGGAGCUCAUAAAGGAGAUCGAAGACAAACAGGAAACUACAGAGAAACAGGCUGAAGGUCUCAUCAAAGAUCUGGAACAGGAAAUCUCUGAGCUGAUGAAGAGAAGCUCUGAGGUGGAGCAGCUCUUACACUCUGAAGACCACCUCCACCUCCUCCAAAGCUUCUCGUCCCUGAAAGCUGCUCCACCCACCAAGGACUGGACAGAGGUCAGAGUCCAUCCACCAUCAUAUGAGGGGACUGUGGUGAGAGCUGUGGCUCAGCUGGAGGAGACACUCAGAAAAGACUUGAAGAAGCUGUUUGAGGCUGAGCUGAAGACGGUCCAGCAGUAUGCAGUGGAUGUGACUCUGGAUCCUGAUACAGCGUAUCCUAAUCUCAUCCUGUCUGAUGAUGGGAAGCAAGUAUACUGUGGUGAUGUGAGGAUCAAUGUUCCAGACAACCCAGAGAGAUUUUCUGCUUGUGUUUGUGUUUUAGGAGCGCAGAGUUUCUCUUCAGGCAGAUUUUACUUUGAGGUUCAGGUUAAAGGAAAGACUGACUGGGACUUGGGAGUGGCCAAAGAGUCGAUCAACAGGAAGGGAAAUGUUAUGCUGAGACCUCAGUAUGGUCUCUGGACUGUAGUGCUGAGAAAUGGAAAUGAAUACAGAGCUUGUGCAGGUCCUUCAUUCCGUCUCUGUCUUUAUUCUGGUCCGGAGAAGGUGGGGGUGUUUGUGGAUUAUGAGGAGGGUCUGGUCUCCUUUUAUGAUGUUGGUACUGGAGCUCUGAUCUACUCCUUUACUGGCUGCUCCUUCACUCACAAACUCCACCCAUACUUCAGUCCCUAUAUGAAUCAGGGUGGUAACAACUCUUCACCUCUGAUCAUCUGUCCUGUCAAUCAAACUGAGUCGAUCAACAACUGAUUUUAUUUGAUGAACUGAUUGAAGUAAAGGUGGCACCUGUGUGUUUGGCACACCGUCUACCGCUCUUUCUUAUUUGUCUCAUUUUAUUAUUUUUAGCCAACGUUGUGCAAGAUGUCAGUUCCACGCUGUCUUAUGAUCGCCGACUCCUGGUGCCGUCGCGUGCUCUGGACCCUGUGGACUCCUGGUUGGUUCCCGUUGUCGGCUCUAUCAAGAGGAGCCCUCUUAAAUCCUUCCUGUCAACAUCUGCAUUGGUGGGGAGCGGAUCAAUCAAACCUUCGACCGGUGGAUCAGGUAGUCACUCCCCCAGAAGUCUCCAAACCAGCUCCCCUCAGGUUGGGUUUAAUAAAUGCCA